ACGUUUAUACAGACAUCGAGUACCUACCGUAAGUUGCCUGUUCUUCCCACUCUAGGCGUUCUACUCUGUGACGCCUCUGUGGUCACAAUAACCAUACUAGAUACUAACAGGUCAUGUUAGGCUGCAAGGAGAUCGGGUUCAACUUCAUAUUCCAAGCGCUAAAUUCGAGUUCACGAAGGGGAUCCCGAGAGAUUCUACAACAAGGCAGAUAAAGGGCGGGCCUCCACCUUCAGGUCUUCUCCUUCGUGUCAGGUGGCAACCGAGCCUUGAGUACGACUCCAAGAAUGGCCGUGCCAAGCUUACUUUAAUUGCAACGAACAUGACCACGAAGACAGUUGCUUUUGCUCGCAUCAAAGUUACUAUGAGUCAAGUCCGUGGUCUCGAUGGUUAUGGGCUUUUCAGUGAGGAGAAAUGGGAAAAGAAGAUGGAGAAGCCAGACAAGGAUGUUACGCAGAGUCGACACAAGGGGAAUACCAAGGAGGGCGAACAAGAGCCCUCGCCGGAUAAAACGUCUCCCACCAAUCGCACAGAAUCUGUUCCAUUGAAAGAUGGUCAGCCGGGAAAAACGUUAGCUUCUGAUAAAGCCGACCAGCAAGAUGAGCAGGACACCCCGUCAGGCAGCGAAGCAGACAGCGAGACGGACGAUGAUAAACAGACCUGGCUGUUAUCACACACCGGCAUUACCACAGAUCGCCGCAUCAAGGAUCUGUAUGUAGAUCACAAGGUUGUCGGCCAAGAUCGUCUACUCGAGUUCUCCGUUCUUCCGGAGGGCAACUUUCCCCCUGGUCGUGGUCCACGUUACCUCUUCUCCGCUGAUCCUGGAGUCUCGUCGUUCACCCUCGAACUCGAAGGUACAGUACACAAGGCCGGGAAGUAUGUGUUGCAGUUAACCGAGCUCUAGAGCGAUCCGGUCUUUACCGUGAAGCCGGCGAAAACCGAGAUAGCAACUACAUGGUUCACUGUGUUGCUGCAGGCAGGAAAGAAGGAGGGCGUGUUUGAGGCAGUGGAUCAGGAAGCUGCCGAGAAAGUUCAAGGUGUAGAGAAAGAUUGAAUGGAUUUAAUGCUUGGGGUUACUGUAGCUACCUGUCGAUGUAUUUGCUUCUAAAUUGCAUGAUGCUG